AUGUGUAUUGACACCAUGUCUGUUGACACAUCGACAGUUGACACAUCGACAGUUGACACUAUGACUGUUAACACCACGUGUGUUGACACUACGACUGUUGACACAAUGACUGUUGACAUUACGACUGUUGACACUAUGACUGUUUACACUACGUGUGUUGACACUACGACUGUUGACACUAUGACUGUUGACACAAUGACUGUUGACACCACGUGUAUUGACACUACGACUGUUGACACUAUGACUGUUGACACUACAACUGUUGACACCACGUGUAUUGACACUACGACUGUUGACACUAUGACUGUUGACACUACAACUGUUGACACCACGUGUGUUGACACUACGACUGUUGACACUACGCCUGUUGACACUAUGACUGUUGACACUAUGACUGUUGACACCACGACUGGUGACACUACGACUGUUGACACUAUGACUGUUGACACUAUGACUGUUGACACCACGACUGUUGACACUACGACUGUUGACACUACGACUGUUGACACUACGACUGUUGACACUACGACUGUUGACACUAUGACUGUUGACACCACGACUGUUGACACUACGACUGUUGACACUAUGACUGUUGACACCACGACUGUUGACACUACGACUGUUGACACCACAACUGUUGACACUAUGACUGUUGACACUAUGACUGUUGACACUAUGACUGUUGACACUAUGACUGUUGACACCACAACUGUUGACACUAUGACUGUUGACACCACAACUGUUGACACUAUGACUGUUGACACCACAACUGUUGACACUAUGACUGUUGACACCACGACUAUUGACACCACGACUGUUGACACUACGACUGUUGACACCACGACUGUUGACACUAUGACUGUUGACACCACGACUGUUGACACUAUGACUGUUGACACCACGACUGUUGACACUAUGACUGUUGACACCAGAGAACAUUCAGCG